AUGCAUCGAGUCGAGGCCGGCUUCUCCGCGGGCGGCACUAGCCGCCCCACAUCUCCACGGCCAGCCUCUCCGAGGCCAGCCUCUCCACGGCCAGCCUCCCCACGGCCCUUCGUGGACGAGGCCGUGGUGCCCUGCUGCCCUGGCGCGCGCACUGCGUCGAGGCCUCGGAGCCCCAGCACUGGGACCUCCGACGGUGGCGGCUCCACGCGGGCGCCGGACAGCCCCGAGAGCUGCCCGGCGGACCGCCUCGCGCCGGCCUUCCCGCUGCGCGCGGGUCCGGGCGCGGCCACGGCGCUGCGCCACGACCUCCGGGAGAGGCUGACGGUCUGA